UAUCAUGGCGUUUCUCAUUUCUCUAUUUCUUGUCACUUGUUUGUGUCUCAUGUCGGCUCACUACUCACUUCCCGUUUGUCGCAACUCGUGUGCUUCUAUCAAAGUCGACUAUCCUUUUGGUAUCGACGAUGGUUGUGGCGUCCCUCUCUAUCGAAACAUGCUCAAUUGUUCGACCCCCUCGACCCCUACACCAACCAACAUUAUCAACAACAACAAUACUUUCCUCACCCCAACCAUUGGGACGACACCACCAAGUACUCCCAUAAUUACGGGGUCUGGAGGUCUAUUUUUCCAGACCCCGUCUGGGAGCUACAAAGUCGAAUCCAUUGACUAUGGCUCCAAAACCAUAACCAUAUACGACCCUUCCAUGACCACAUGCACAAUUCUUCAACCUCACCAUGACUUCAUUAUGUCUGAUCUUCAAUCCGCUAUCAUUCCACCCUCUCCUGAUACCGUAUUUGCCCUAAUUAAUUGCUCGAUCGAUUCCCCAGUUCUUAACCAUUAUAAAUCUCUUUGUUUCAACUUGUCUACUCAUUACUCUUGUGAAGAAUUAUAUUCCUCAUGUACUUCCUUCAAAAUCUUUCAAAUGUUCUCAAAUGACACAAUAACUACUAAUACUCCUAGUUGUUGCUUUACGUCAUACAAUACUUUGAAAUUUAUGAGCAUGAAUAUAUUGGAUUGUACGCAUUAUACUAGCUUUUACGAUUAUAAUGAUGUGGAUAAAGAAGACGACGUAAUGAAGCCUUUGGAUUGGUCUUAUGGGAUAAAGAUGUCGUAUAGCUUGCCUGAUACGGGUUGCGAUAGAUGCCAGCGAUCAGGUGGAACGUGUGGAUUCGAUGUAGAAACCGAAGGGAUGUUGUGCAUUUGCUCCCCUACCCUUAACUCCACAAGACAAUGUGGCGCAGGUACAAUUGCGGCCGCUGUAGGGAUCAAGACCAGACUACAGGGUGGAAACGGAUUAUUAUUGUUACUACUACUCCUAUUUCUGUAUCUCGCUUUGAGACCUUGACCAUUAUUGAUUAAUGUUCUUGUUUUGUUUUUAACUAGUAUUUUGACCCCCGACGUUGUCAGGGAGAUAUAACAAUCCGUAAAACAUAUAUCGUGCA